UCGAAUGAAACUUUUCUCCCAAGCUGUACUGUGUGUGAUUGUGACGGCGUGUUUGUGUGUGCGCUUUGGCUUUGCCCUGAGCCCUGGUCUUCCGUGUCUCUGCAGGCUGAGGGAGAUGUAGCCGGACUGAACCGUCGCAUCCAGCUGGUGGAGGAGGAGCUGGACCGAGCCCAGGAGCGCCUGGCCACUGCCCUGCAGAAACUGGAGGAGGCGGAGAAGUCAGCGGACGAGAGCGAGCGAGGGAUGAAGGUGAUUGAGAACAGAGCCAUGAAGGACGAGGAGAAGAUGGAGAUGCAGGAGAUGCAGCUGAAGGAAGCCAAGCACAUCGCUGAGGAGGCUGACCGCAAAUACGAGGAGGUUGCACGGAAACUGGUUAUUCUGGAGGGUGAGCUGGAGCGAGCCGAGGAGAGAGCAGAGAUCUCAGAACUGAAGUGCAGUGAAUUGGAAGAAGAAUUGAAAAACGUCACCAAUAACCUGAAGUCUCUGGAAGCCCAGUCUGAGAAGUACUCUGAAAAGGAGGACAAAUAUGAAGAGGAAAUGAAGGUUCUCAGCGACAAGCUGAAAGAGGCUGAAACCCGGGCUGAGUUUGCUGAAAGGACAGUCGCCAAAUUGGAAAAGACUAUCGAUGAUCUGGAAGACGAACUGUACACUCAGAAACUGAAAUACAAGGCGAUCAGCGAGGAGCUGGACCUCGCCCUCAACGACAUGACCUCCCUGUGAACGACCUUUCAGCCUUGCCCCCGCAGCAGCGCCAGCCUUUCUGAUCUCCACUUUGUCUAAAACGUUCGCUCUUCGAUCUCUCUGUAAAAACUGAAGUCUAAUAAAGUUCUUCCUGUUCUAGAAACUUUCUCUUUUUUUUUUCUUUCUUCUUGCUUUGCUUGCACAGUGCAGUGGUGACACAAGAGACAUGGACAGUGACUCCUAGUCAAAGCAUUAUUCUCAUUUGAGAAUGAAGCUUCUGGCUGCCUAAUGGGCAGUGUUGUGCGACACACUGCCAUUACAGAUUCGCACCAUGUUUCAAAUGAACAGUGUUUACCAUUUAUUAGUGCCAAGUACCCACAUUACAUUCUGCAUUGAACUUUAUUAUGUAGAUUCAGUAUGUGCCUGUAGUGUUAAUAGAGGUAGGCACCUGAAUCCCUGGAAAGAGCACCCCGACUGACUCACUGAUGAUCCUGGAGGCAUUCUGGGCUUCUCUGUCUGUGUCGCUUCCAUGUCCGGUAUUUUUACCAUAUGGGCUUGGGACAUACGAGACCACAGUCUGUUUCUGUUAUACUAAUUAUCAAUAGAAUUGAGUCCUUUAGCUGUUACUCCAUUAAAGUGGAAAUUUGUUUAACAUAUUCCAUUCCAUGCAUUUCUGCACAGGCUUUAUCUUUUCAAUCAUCUUACUCUCCUGUGAUUCCAAGUACACGUGUAUCCUACCUGAGAAUUUGUGUAAUCUUUAUCAGAAUCGCCAGCUGAGGAGCAACUUUGGUUCUGCUAAUGAAUGAAAGUUAAUCACAUUCCCUUUUACUUUU